GCUCGGUUUGUUCUCUGGGUGAUGCUGCUCUUCUCUCAACGCAGAGGAAAGUCAGAGCUCAUGUGUCAACAUCCAGGGUUUCCCCCCGGAGAGGCGUAUAUGUUAACAUUAUCUUAAAAAAAAAAAAAAAAAACCUGAUGGUGCUUUGAAGACCCUCUGUUUGUGUUAGGCCGCUCAUCUUCAGAAGCGGCGCUUUUCUUCUUCUCUGACUUUACAGUCUUGCUAAACGCGCUUCAGGCUCAUGCUGCGGUGAGGUUUAGCUAACGUUGUUUAAACGAUGACAGAGUACAAAGUGGAGUUAGCGUUUCCCGUUCUUUAAAAAAAAUAAAAUAACCGAGGCUCCGUUAGCUUAGCCAGCUAGCCUGACAAAUAGACCAGUCGAAGGAAACACGCUGCUGUCAUGAUGUUUCCUCAAUCACGACACUCGGCAUCUUCUCAGUCCGGUCAGCCUCUGAAGUUCACCACAUCUGAUUCCUGUGACCGCAUUAAAGAUGAGUUCCAGUUCCUCCAAGCACAGUAUCACAGUUUGAAGCUGGAGUGUGAUAAACUGGCCUCUGAGAAGUCUGAGAUGCAGCGUCACUACAUCAUGUACUAUGAAAUGUCCUACGGGCUAAAUAUUGAAAUGCACAAGCAGGCUGAAAUUGUGAAGAGACUGAAUGGGAUUUGUGCUCAGGUGCUGCCUUACCUGUCACAGGAGCAUCAGCAGCAAGUCAUGGGUGCCAUAGAGAGAGCCAAGCAAGUGACACCCCCUGAAAUGAACUCCAUCAUUCGGCAACAGCUGCAGGUGCAGCAGCUGUCCCAGCUCCAGGGCCUGGCCCUACCUGUCACCCCGCUGCCGCUGGGCCUCACCCCACCCACCCUGCCUCCCGUCUCCUCCAGCUCCGGACUCCUGUCCCUCUCCUCCAUCCUGGCCAACUAUUCCCACAGUCAGGCACAGGUGGCUAAAGAAGACAAGGCCCGGGACUCUGCAGAGCGAGCACCCAGAGGAGAGGACGGGGACAAGUCCGACUAGUGGCGGACAAAACGAGAAGGUUUGAAGGGGAGAUGCUGCAGUGGAGCAGAAAGGCAAGGCUGUAAUGGUGGACUGUAAAUAGAGACUGACGCGAGACUGGCUGAUGAGUGUAACUACAGGGUCGAGCCACAUAUAAAAGAGGAUGGCGCAGGAUUGUUGUCAGUGCGGCGGGUUUGUGGGUGAAAGCAGGAUGUGUAGAGAAUGAAACUGCUGAAGUGUGGCAGUUCAUAUUAUUUCAUCGUAACAGCCUCAGUUUGGGCUCCUAGACUUUAAAUAAAUGCUUUUUAGUGUGAGCCACUGUUGUUAGGCUUAACCAAGAUAAAUGUUUUCCCAUUAAGAGUGAGAGUUGAGUGUGACAACUAACAUCUAUGUUGGUCGCAAUUAUUUUCUUUAAGUUUCUUGGCAAUCAAAUGUGUGUGUAGCCCCCCCGGUCCGCUUUAACUCCUCCUCUGGUGGUUCAGAUGCAAAUGCUGUGUAUUUAAUCACUCCUCAAAACAAUUCUUAAAAGUUUUCAAGGAUGUUUUUCUUGAUAGGCGCAUUAUAAAUAUUUGCUCUUUUUCCAUUCAAAAAUAGUUUGUGCAGGUCUCAGUUCACCUUGGAUCUCCAUGGCGUACACCACGAGUCCUGUCUACAAGAAUUAAAAUUGAUGCAUUUUGUUUCAUGAAGUUGAAACCAGGUGUGUGUGUUAUCAGAAAAGAGAAAACACUUAUUGUCUUAUUUGUUUUAGCAAAGCAUCUUUUAUAUUUUACCUCACCACCACCCCCUACCCCACCCGUGCUCUCCCACUGUAACUGACCCAGACAAAUUUGCAUAGGAUCUAAAAUGUUGGCACCGGAUGGUUGUUAAUGGCAGGCGGGUGUGAUUUUCAGGUUUCAUGUUAUUUGGUCAGUUCAUACUAAAUGCAUUUAGCUGCUGUCUUUUCCUGUCGUGAUUGAUUUAUGUGACAGUGUGCAGGCGGUCAGCAAUUUUCCACCCCUUUACAUGGCGGUAGUUGUCUUGGGUGAGUUGUUAACGCUUCAUAAGCAACAGAAAACAAAGAUUUGCUGAAAUGUUUUAACAAGCUUCUCUCAGCCAGAAGUGACCAAAUUUAUUCCCUGUUGCUCAGAAAGCAGAAUCGCCAGCCAGCGUCUUGCAAAGAAUAUUUCACCCUCCAAA